CCGGCUUCGUCUGGUCGCUUCGUUUUACAUCCCUUAGCUGAUCUACCGUCUCCACAUUAACAUUUCAUCCUCAUGGCUGCUUCUUUGCUACUCCGGGGGCAUCCUCUCCUGCGGUUUGGGCUCUGCCAUCGCGGGCUUUGUUCUGGGGUCGUGCAGGUGACUCGCCGCUCUUGCUUCACUGCGACGGCGGCGUCUACUCCACCGGACGGGAGCUUAACAUCUGCUGAAAAUACUGCAUCAGUGUCGGGUGCCAGUCAACCAACGAAGUUCCAAAGAUGGUGUGAGCCUGAUUAUCGAAAGUGGAAAGACCAGGAAGACGAAAUUCUCAGCGAUGUCGAGCCUGUCAUAUCCCUCACUAAAGAGAUUAUCCACUCCAAUAGGUAUGUGGAUGGGGAGCGAUUGACAUCAGAGGACGAGAGAAUUGUGGUUGACAGGCUUCUAGCUCAUCAUCCACAUGCUGAAGAUAAAAUUGGUUGUGGACUUGAAUUCAUUAUGGUUGAUCGACACCCCCAAUUUCGGCACUCAAGAUGCCUCUUUGUUGUAAGGACCGAUGGUGGAUGGAUUGACUUCUCGUAUCAAAAGUGUCUUCGUGCAUAUAUCCGAAGUAAAUAUCCAUCAUAUGCAGAGAUGUUUAUUCGAGAACAUUUCAAACGUGGUAGUUGAUGAAUGUGUGCUAUUGUUGAUGCUGAGCUGUGGUCUGAAUUUGUUUUGAUCAAGAAAGAUGUAUGAAUGAUUAAAUCAAUUCUUCAUGGUUCGGUGACCUACAUGAAGGAAAAAUGUACAGAUUGUCAAUGUAACAGAUAGCAUGUCCUGGACGCACUGCAAAGUUUUUAAGAAUGAGAAGAAUCGAUGAUCAUUGAAGUGAACCUUCACUUUAUUGACUUGCA